AUGGUGAUGAUUUCUCAUAAGUUGAUGAGUUUGAUUUUGAUCAUAAUCGGAGGAACUUUUUUCCGACGAGUUUCUUCUUCCGAAACUUGUAACGGAAUUUGCGGUAGGUUGACUCUGCCAUAUCCCUUUGGCUUUUCUCCUGCCUGUCCGAUCCGAUUCCAUUGCUCUGAGGUGGAUCAAGCGGCCAAGAUCGGAGGGUUUUCCGUCCAAAACGUGACGGAAAACAGUAUACUCGUUGGCCUUCCACACAAUUGUAGUCGGAAGAUUGAAGACAUGACUCCGCUUUUCGCCUCGCAGAACUUCGCGCCGACGGAGAACAGUUUCUUAAUGGACAAAUGUAUGUAUAAAACCAACGGUUGCUCGAUAAAUCAGGGUUUCUUGGAGAACACGUUAAAACUGCAAAGUUGUGGCUCCGCGGGAAAUAUAAGCUGUUUUUCAUUAUAUACUAAUUCUAAGUUUUUCAGUAUGAAGGAUUUGAGGAAUAGCUCUUGCAGUUUGUUGUUUUCGUCGAUAGCUUUCGGGUCUGUAGGUGUGAAUGCAGGGGUAGCGCUAGAGUUUGAAAGGGUUCAGUUAGGUUGGUGGUUGAAGGGAGAUUGCAAAAACAAACCUUGCGCAGAAAACGCAAACUGUACACAAGUUGACACUCCCGAUGGAAAUGCAGGACACCGAUGCUCAUGUAUUGAGGGUUACCACGGAGACGGAUACAUCAAUCCUUGCCUGAGACUGAAAGUGAGAGGUUAG